AUGUUCACAGAGUAACCCUAUUACGAAGCCAAGGUGUUUCUUAAAUCUUACAAUGAUGCUAUUGCAUGUUUAAAAGAGGCUGCUGAGUAAAAAGCCCACAUUGAAUUCUAAGAACAUGUGUUAUAAUCACUUGCGACUGCUCGUACAAGAUAGGAGCUGGAUGUGAGAGAUGGUUAAGUGGUGCCAGGAUUAAAUUUUGGGUAAUCAAAGUAGACCAAGCUCUUCUAAUUUUCAAAUCAUGUGUUUUAAAAAUAUUUCAAAGGAUUUGAGGAAUACAGCGGAAAUUUCAAGGGCUUCCAAUAGGUUUUAAUAGAGGGACUGAAAAAGAUUAAAUCAGAUGUGAAAUGAGAUAUGAAUAAUGAAUAUAUAUACAUUAUCUAAAAGAUAAUUAUAUAAAA